AUGGAUGUAACGGUAGGCUUCAGCAUAUAUUUUCAUCGUCCUCCUACACAGGAGGCGUGCUUCACCUUCACAUCCUCCCAAGGCCAGCCUUUAACCGCUACCGCCGAGCGUAUCACCAAUUUCGGAUCAUUCAUACAUUCGCUUUCUCGAGUCAGCUACUGGGGCAGGAUGGUUUCUCGAAAGGUUCUCAGCGCUGUGGCGCUCUUCUCCACGUUGGCAUUGGCUCAGAACAACAACAACAACAACAAUGGCCAGAACAACAACAAUAAUAACAACGGUGGUGAUGCUACACAGCUGGCACCAAACGCAGUCCAGUCCGGCUCCUUCUUUGAUGGCAGUGAUGCGAUAGGUGCAAAUGACGCGCAGGCUCAGUCCGACGUCUCACAGAACAACUUCAUCAACUUCUGUGCCGGCCAGACACUUACCAACGGUCUGCAACUUGUCGAUGGAUCCUGCAACGGCAUUCCCAUGGGUCAAAUCCCAUCCAAGCAGAACAUGGUAGCCAGCGUCAUCAUCAACCCCAAGAUGGGCGAUAACAUCCCUGAGGGGCAGGAUUUCCAGAUCCAGGUCCAGACGAUCAACCUGCAGGCUGGCUCCUUCACCAACGCUGUGGCGACGUACUAUACGGCUCCGCAAAAGCUCAACGGCCAGGGGCAGAUCAUCGGUCACACUCACGUCACGGUACAGGAUCUGGGCAACAGUCUCAACCCCACUCAGCCUCCUGACCCGACCCAGUUCGCCUUCUUCAAGGGCAUUGACGAUGCUGGCAAUGGCCAAGGUCUGCUGGCCGCGACGGUUGAGGGUGGUCUCCCGGCCGGUAACUACCGUGUCUGCACCCUGACCUCGGGCUCCAACCAUCAGCCCGUCAUUAUGCCUGUCGCUCAGCGUGGGUCCCAGGAUGACUGCCAGAAGUUUACAGUUACGGCGAACGGACAGGGCAACAACAAUGGCCAGAACAACAAUGGCCAGAACAACAAUGGUCAGAACAACAAUGGCCAGAACAACAACGGCCAGAACAACGGUGGUCAGAACAACGGUGGUCAGAACAACGGUGGUCAGAACAACGGUGGUCAGAACAACGGUGGUCAGAACAACGGUGGUCAGAACAACGGUGGUCAGAACAACGGUGGUCAGAACAACGGUGGCAACUUCGGCGGCAACUUCGGCAAGAACAACUUCCGCAACCGCAGGCAGCGCAACCGACGACAGGAUGUCUCUGAAAAUGUCCCCCGGGCUUUCCGGAACUUCAUGGCGUGAUCCACCCGCCUAUGACAAGGGAAUGAACAUGUGGAUGACCUCAGAAGCCUGGACUGCGUUUGUCAUCGAGUCUGUAGCUGGCUUCCUUAGCCCUGACGCCCUUGGUCGUAGCGGACCUUGUACCAGGCGAUCUUUGGGGAACUCGAUCGAGAAAUACGUUCCAGCCGGGUCACAUCUGCUACGAUAGACGUUAUGUUUUGUUUUGUUUUUGUUUGCGGGUGGGUUCAGGGAAAUUUUGUCAUCUUUUCUUUUUUAAAAAACAAAGCUAAUCUGUAUAUAGACUUCUUUCUCUUCCUUUCAUGAGAUCUGGCUGUCUCGCGCAUAGCCCUCGCAGAAUUCUGUUGCCGGUCUCGUUGGUUUCUGAGGUUUAUUUUGUUGCAUCUUUCGAUUCUUCUUUGUCAAUCUACACCAUUUUUCAUAUACGCUCGCGUGUGCC